UCAAAUUGUUGACCAAUCACCAGGCGGCUCGCGUAAUUUGCGGAAGCUGUAGUUGAAGCAUGCCUGCGGACGGAGGAUGCUGAGGUUCCUCUCCAGAACUUUUGCUUCUGUUCAAACCCAGAGAAAGCUCGAUUCUGCUGCUGUACUGCAGAGUUUCCUCCUUUCAGACUCAGCCAGUUCUGGGUCCAUCGAGAGAACCGUAAUGGAGCCUAAACUGUACCGACCUCCUCCUGAGGUCCGGGGUAUGACCUCUCUGGACAAAGAUGCCUUCACACUGACCAUUACAGUUCCAGCUCUACAGGUACCAACGGGGGUCUUGAACAAAGUUGUGAAGAGUUUGAAGAAGUCCACCAUCCAGCGCCCAGGUGUGCAUCGAGUGGUUCAAGACAAAGAGGAGAGCAGCACUUUUCGGUUAGUCCUUUUGGACCCCCACAGAGUUUCAUCGGCGGGUUCAUUCAGUGAGGCUGAAGCAGAGGCCCUCAGGUCAUUUGGUGUCUCUGAGGAGCUAAAGCAAUACGAGCUGAAGCUGACCUAUGACAACCUGAAGACUGAGGAGGUGCUGGAGGCGGUGCUCCCUCAGGGUCAAGAUGUGACCUCAGCAUUCAGCCGGGUGGGACACAUAGCCCACAUGAACCUGAGAGACCACCAGCUGCCAUACAAGAACCUCAUAGGUCAAGUAAUUAUGGACAAAAACCCUGGAGUCACAUGUGUGGUCAACAAGACAAACAUGAUCGACUCCACUUACCGGAACUUCAAGAUGGAGGUGCUGGCUGGAGAGGAAAACAUGGUCGCCAAAGUGAAAGAAAACGGCGUGACGUACGAGUUUGACUUUUCUCGUGUCUACUGGAACUCUCGGCUGAGUACAGAGCACCAACGAGUGGUGCAGCUCGUUAAACGGGGCGACUCUGUGUUCGACGUGUUUGCCGGGGUCGGACCCUUCGCUGUCCCAGCUGCCCGCGUCGGUGCCAAGGUUCUAGCCAACGACCUCAACCCAGAGUCGCACAGAUGGCUGCAACACAACUGUAAACUCAACAAGGUGGAGAGCAAAGUCCAAACCUUCAAUCUGGACGGCAGAGACUUCAUCCGCGGGCCUUUAAAGCAAGAGCUGCCCGCUCUGCUGAAAGGAGAAUCUGCAGUUCACGUGGUCAUGAACCUGCCUGCGCUGGCUUUGGAGUUUCUGGACGCUUUCCGGGGGCUCCUGCAGCUGGAGACUCCCUGUGAGCAGAACCUCCCCACAGUGCACUGCUACGGCUUCUCUAAAGACGACAACCCAGAGGCAGACGUGGUGGAGAGGGCUUCCCGCAGCCUCGGAUUCCCCCUGGAGGACAAGUGCUCUGUGCAUUUUGUGCGUAAUGUGGCACCCAACAAGGACAUGAUGUGUGUAAGGUUCACAGUCCCUAAAGAGGUCCUUUUCUGCAGCGAAGCAAAAACAGAACCGUCUGAGGAACCGGCCCCAAAGAGACCAAAGUGUGAAGACUCCCCAAAUUUAACAUAAUUUUACAUUGGCUUGUCUCCAUGUUUUUCUUAGUUUUGCUCUCUGUAAAGAUAUCGUUCAUCAUUUUAAGACUACGUUUAAACUUUUAAAGCAUAUUUGAGUUUUGUGCCCUUCAACUGAUUUUUGUUUGGGUUCUUAAAAUGGGCUGUACAUGAACACAUUUGAUUUUUAAAUAAACCCACAUAAUAGAAA